CAUCACUAACACUGUAACACUGACCAAUCGUCUCCGCCGCCCCACAUUGUUCGCAGUGACUCGCUGCUAUUAUUAAAAAUGCAACCACAAAUCAUCUUAAUGAAAGAGGGGACGGACUCCUCCCAGGGUAAGCCACAACUCAUCUCAAACAUCAACGCUUGCGCAGCAGUUGUUGACGCCAUUCGGACUACUCUGGGUCCACGUGGCAUGGACAAGCUUAUUGUUGAUGGCAGGGGACAAGCAACAAUCAGCAAUGAUGGGGCUACCAUUAUGAAGCAGCUGGAUAUUGUUCAUCCUGCGGCAAAAACUUUAGUAGAUAUUGCAAAGUCUCAAGAUGCUGAGGUUGGCGACGGCACCACCACCGUUGUGCUGCUGGCUGGGCAGUUCCUGGAACAGUGCAAAAAUCUCAUUGAGGAAGGUGUCCACCCCCAUGCUAUUAUCAGGGCAUUCCGCCGCGCUACAACUCUGGCUAUAGAAAAGAUUAAUGAGAUUGCUGUCAAGAUUAAUAAAAAAGAUCCAGUUGAGUUGCGAUCCAUCCUGGAGAAGUGUGCUGGAACAUCACUCAACAGCAAGCUAAUUCACCAACAGAAGGAUUUCUUUGCUAAAAUGGUGGUCGAUGCUGUCAUGUCACUGGACAUUCUGAUGCCUCUUGACAUGAUUGGUAUAAAGAAAGUACCCGGCGGAGCUCUAGAGGAGUCGCGAUUGAUUGAUGGUGUGGCCUUUAAGAAGACCUUUUCAUAUGCCGGGUUUGAGAUGCAACCAAAACGUUAUGAAAACCCCAAAAUUGCUCUCUUGAACAUUGAACUGGAGCUGAAGGCAGAGAGGGACAAUGCAGAAAUCAGGGUGAAUAAUGUUGAGGAGUAUCAGAAGAUCGUCGAUACAGAAUGGAAUAUUCUUUACGAGAAGCUUGACCUUAUCCACAAGUCUGGGGCCAAGGUUGUUCUCUCCAAACUGCCAAUCGGUGAUGUAGCAACACAAUAUUUUGCAGACAGGGACAUGUUUUGUGCUGGCCGUGUCGUCGAUGAGGACAUGAAGCGGACGAUCAAGGCGUGCGGUGGAGCGAUCAUGUCAACUGCUCAUGACCUUGGAGAAUCUGUGCUGGGUACCUGUGAGCUGUUUGAGGAAAAGCAGAUUGGAGCUGAAAGGUUCAACUACUUCAAUGGCUGCCCACAAACAAAAACUUGUACAAUUGUGUUAAGAGGAGGAGCAGAGCAGUUCCUGGAGGAGACUGAGCGGUCACUCCACGAUGCAAUCAUGAUUGUUCGUAGGGCACUGAAGCAUGAUGCUGUAGUGGCAGGUGGUGGUGCAGUCGAGCUGGAAGUAAGCAAGCACCUCAGGGAAUACUCUCGAACAAUUGCCAGCAAAGAACAACUGUUUCUGGCAGCGUACGCAAAGGCCCUGGAAGUGAUCCCUAGGCAGUUGUGUGAUAACGCAGGUUUUGACUCCACUACCAUCCUUAAUAAAUUGAGAGCUCGUCACGCUGAGGGCGGUAAAUGGUAUGGGGUCGACGUCAUGAAUGAAGAUAUUGCAGACAAUUUUGUAGCUUGUGUUUGGGAACCGGCAAUUGUAAAGAUCAAUGCCCUAACUGCUGCUUCGGAGGCGGCUUGUCUGAUCCUGUCUGUCGAUGAAACGAUCAGAUCACCACGAUCGAGUGCUGAUGGUCCACCUGUGGCCGGCAGGGGACGUGGAAGGCCCAUGUAAACAUUAAGGACCGAUGGGUUAACUCUGAACACAGUGACUCAACAAGUUGAGAUGUUUGACUAAAUACUGAAAGUCAACUAACUCAUCUGGUUAUUCAGAUACAUUCUAAAAAUUAUAAGGAAUCUGAUGUGGCUGUAUUAGCACAUUAAAGCUAUAAACUGCUGAAAUUGAGGACUACUCGGUUAAGUUUCAAAAGCUUACUAAACACUCGCAAAUAUUUUUUCUCUCACCUCUCGAGUCCAGUGAUGUCUUGUCAUCUAUGAGAACCGUGCUUACUAUUAAAGGCUUCAACGA